CAUAAUUUCUUUACCAAAACCCCGAGCUCCAUCGAAUUACUCUCUCAAUAUGUAGAACAAAAUCUGCUACCAAUAGUCGCAUAAAGUGAGGUGUGGUGUUGAGGUAACUAAAAUAAUUACUACUACGAAACAGAUCGAGAUCGCCCCGAGGUUGCGUUGUACUUGAGGAGCUAGGAAAAAAACAGCGUAGAAAAAGUUGAAGGACACUUUUUGUGCUGCGAGACGCAAGUGAUUGCUACGGUCGAGGCGUAGAAAAGCGUGUUCCCGUAUAGAUCACUGCUGGUGGACAGGAUGGCCGAUAAAGGUUCACAGCCGGGCACGACGGUUCAGCCGUUGGUAAAGAUUGGGCACUACAGCCUGGGCGCCACCCUUGGCACGGGAUCGUUCGGUAAGGUCAAAAUUGGCGAACACCAGGUGACGAAGCAUAAGGUCGCGGUCAAGAUUCUGAAUCGACAGAAAAUCAAAAGCCUCGAUGUGGUGGGCAAGAUCCGGCGGGAGAUACAGAACUUGAAGCUGUUCCGCCAUCCACACAUCAUCAAGCUGUACCAGGUCAUCUCGACGCCGACCGAUAUUUUCAUGAUUAUGGAGUACGUUAGCGGUGGCGAGCUAUUUGAUUACAUCGUCAAGAACGGCAAGCUGCAGGAAUCGGAAGCGCGGAGGUUCUUCCAGCAAAUUAUAUCCGGUGUCGAUUACUGCCACCGGCACAUGAUUGUGCAUCGGGAUUUGAAACCGGAAAACUUGCUGCUCGAUCACAAUCGUCACGUGAAGAUUGCGGAUUUCGGUUUGUCCAACAUGAUGCUGGAUGGGGAGUUUUUGCGCACGUCUUGCGGUUCACCGAACUAUGCCGCACCAGAGGUCAUAUCCGGGAAGUUGUAUGCAGGCCCCGAGGUCGACAUAUGGUCGUGUGGUGUCAUACUGUACGCAUUGCUCUGUGGCACCCUACCGUUCGACGACGAGCACGUUCCGACGCUGUUCCGUAAGAUCAAAUCGGGCGUAUUUCCCAUUCCAGAGUAUCUGAACAAGCAGGUGGUCAGCUUGCUAUGUCAAAUGCUGCAGGUCGAUCCGCUGAAGCGGGCCACGGUGGAGGAGAUAAAGAAGCACGAAUGGUUCCAGAAGGAAUUACCGGCCUACCUGUUUCCGUCGCCCGUCGAACAGGACAGCAGUGUCGUGGACACGAACGCCAUUCGCGAGGUGUGCGAUAAGUUUGGCGUAAAGGAGCACGAGGUGCAUAAUGCACUGCUGAGCGGUGAUCCGCACGAUCAGCUUGCGAUCGCGUACCAUCUUAUCAUCGAUAACAAGCGUAUCGCGGAUGAGGCGGCCAAAGCGGAGCUGAAAGAGUUCUACGUUGCUGGAAGCCCGCCGCCACCGGGAGCGGACAGUAAGUUCGGUAUCCCGCAAGGACCAGCAUCCCUUGGUGGAUCGGCUCAAGGAACACCAAACGAACCGUUCAAAUCGCCAUCAAUUCACCCGGAACGUAUCGCACCGCUUCGGGAGCGUCCGGUAACGACGGCCGCCCAGAACGUACCGUCACCCGCACUAAGCAACAUGUCUCCAUCGGCGGUAAUGCCAAUCGACAAGCACCGCGGUACACCGGUCAAGCGUGCCAAGUGGCAUCUUGGCAUUCGAUCACAAUCGAAACCGAACGACAUCAUGCUAGAGGUGUACCGUGCCAUGAAGGCGCUCGAUUUCGAGUGGAAAAUCAUCAACCCGUACCAUGUGCGCGUACGCAAAUAUAAUGUGCGCAAUGACAAGCACGUGAAGAUGUCGCUCCAGCUGUAUCAGGUCGAUCCGAAGAACUAUCUGCUCGAUUUCAAGUCGCUCACGAACGACGAGGUGGAGCAGGGCGAUGAUGUGAUCAUGGAAAGUUUGACGCCACCGCCACCGGUCGGUUUCGGUGGGAUGGGUAUCCCGAACCUGCAGCAGCCGAGCGGUCACCAUACGAUGGAAUUCUUCGAGAUGUGCGGUGCCCUGAUAGCGCAGCUGGCACGCUAAUCGGUUGGAAGGCGGUUGGGGCAGACACGGUUAAUGUAACCCAUAUUUUAUUAGAUGAUUUAACGCUGUAGAUGAAAGCCAAAUAACAAAACUGACCGGAGGGAACUGUGUGAGUUGCCGUAGGAAAAGAUGAUAAUAUAUAGAGAAAAAACACGCCUUAAAGUACGUGCUCGUUAGUUUGCGGUAUUAUUACGUUGGACGCUACAUUUCGAAAAUGUUGAUUCUUUCAUAAACUUUACAAUAAAGGCUAGGCUUGGGUUUUUGCUUUUACAAAGCAAAAUCUUAC